AUGGCCGACGCAAGCCCCGCUAAGUCGUCGACGACGUCUCCCCGACCACAGCUUACCUCAUCUAUGAGGAGCAGCUCUUUCUUGCGCGAGCAUCAGCAGUAUCGACCGCCGCAGCAUCCGGAGAGUCGCUUCGGCAUUGAUACGGUUGUUGAGGACCUGGGCAACGUCUCCGUCUCCCCACCCAAGCACCACAAGAACUUCGCGGCCUUCAAUGGCGUCCCUUCGGAGGAUCACCCGCCGACCAUCGUCGAUAGUGGAUUGAACCACACCUACUCGCAUCCGAACUGCGCCCCCGCCGCUGGCAAGAAGUCUUCCCGCCUUAUCGCGACGCUGUUCUAUAAGCCAAAUGGCAAGCAGUCUUCUACGAGCGGUGCUGCCGCUCCGCCGCAAAAUACCGCCGCGCCCGUCGUCUCGUCCGAUGCCAGUUCCGGCAAGGAGUCGAUCCCGGCCAACUUUGCGCCGACGCAGAAUCCCGAGUCUUUUCCGCUCGAGCCUCCUACGCUCGAGCCCGAGAAGCUUGACCAUCUUUACGGUUCCUACAUCUCGCCCAUGUGCGUGACGUCUUUCCUGCACCUCAUGUCGACCUUCCCCCUGCCUGCCGGCGAGAGCGACUACAGCUCUUCUCACCGCUGUCUCGACAGCCAGGAGAGCCCCCGUGUCGUCGAGUUAACCCUCGACCCUGCCCCCUGCCAGAGCUACCUCAGCCUGACGGACCUGCGGAAACAUGAGCUCAUCUACCGCUUUGAGAGGGAGUGGAGCGUUGAUGUUGCGCUGCAGCCCGACACCCUGUGGCGCCGCCAUCCCCGGCUCGUCGUCUUUGACAUGGAUAGCACGCUCAUCACUCAGGAGGUAAUCGACCUGCUCGCCGCCACCAUCAAGGACCCCCCUGACCUGGCUGCGCGUGUCGCCGACAUUACUCACCGUGCCAUGCUCGGCGAGCUCGAGUUCGACGCCGCCUUCCGCGAGCGCGUACAGCUGCUCAAGGGCUUGCCGGCGUCCUUCUUCGAGGAGCUGCGGCCAGUGCUGGACGUGACCAAGGGCGUCCCACGCCUGAUCAAGGCUCUGAAGCGCCUCGGUGUGAAGACCGCGGUGCUCUCUGGCGGUUUCCUGCCCCUGACGAGCUGGCUAGCCGGAGAGCUGGGCAUUGACUACGCCCACGCCAACGAAGUUGUGAUUGACGAGUCUGGCAGACUCACCGGUGAGGUCAAGGGUCUCAUUGUCGGCAAGGAGCGGAAGCGCGACUUGCUUGUUGAGAUUGCGGGUAAGGAGGGCAUUGAUCUCUCACAAGUCAUCGCUGUGGGCGACGGAGCCAACGACCUGUUGAUGAUGGGCGCGGCCGGUCUUGGCGUCGCCUGGAACGCGAAGCCGCGUGUUCAGAUGGAGGCCGAUACUAGGUUAAACAGUGAGAGCCUGCUUGACCUGCUGUACUUGUUUGGUUUCACUGGGGAUGAGAUAGAGCAGCUCGCGUCGUAG